GUUCAACCAUAACUAUAUCAACACCUUCAUGAAAUGACUCCAAACGAAUCUAAUACUACCCUAAAGGAAAACAGGAAAACUAACACAGAUCCAGUGCGUCCUGUUGCCAACUUCCCUCCUCCUAUCUGGGAUGAUCGUUUAUUGUCAUUAACUGUUGACUAUUUGGAGUUGGAAGCAUACGCUAAAGCCAUUGACGAACCAAAAGAAGAGCUGAGAAGAUUGAUAAUUAAUGUAAACAUGGAUUCAAAUGCGAAAUUAUGUUUGAUCAAUUCUGUCUACCGUCUUGGCUUGAGAUAUAUGUUUCGGGAAGAGAUUGAAUGUCAACUUGACAAACUUUUCAAGGAGCUGAACAUGGAAGAUCACUACUAGAAAAAAGGCUUUCCUUGACAGACAUUGUCUGUCGUAAAUGCCUAUACAUGACAGACAAAUGUCUGUCAUUGACAGCCAUGUCAUAAAGGAUAAUGACAGGCAUUUGGCCUGUCAUAAAUUUUACGACAGACAUUUAUGACCCACAAUUAC